GUCGUUUCAUUUCUGCAAAUCUGAGAUAGGUUUUUCCCCCAUGUGGUCAUGGGAUUUCUUCCUUAUCAGCGUGUUUACUCACGAAACACACAUUCUGCUGUGCGUCUGGGAAGACCUGUUGCAGGAAAUUUGUGAAGAUCUAGACCUAGGAACAGAAGUGAAGACCGCUAUUGAAAAUCCAGUUUUCAGAUAUGCCAGACAUAUAAUGAGUAACUGUUUUGAAAAUGUUGAAGCAAUGUUGCGUCAGCGGUGUUAGCCUGUGGUGUUUUCAUCUGAAGGGCUGAACGAUUGUGAUUCCUCUUGAAUGCAUGGCCACACUUUAUAAUGGGGGAUUUUGAGAAAAUCUGGCGAGAGCACUGUGAAGAUGAACAGACUCUGAGUGAAUACGCCCUGGCCAUGAGGAACCUGGCUGACAACCACUGGGCCAAGACCUGCGAGGGAGAGGGACGCAUCGAGUGGUGUCGCAGUGUUUGCCAGGAGUAUUUUCAGGAUGGUGGGAUGAAAAGAAUGUUGGAGAAGGAUGAGAAGAGUGCCAGGCUUGCCAUGGCCAUGUCGGCCACAGCUCUGAGUGACCAGCCCUAUAGCUCCUCUAUCCCCAGGUCCAUCCUCCAGCUUGGUAAAAUGCGGCUGCUGGACGUUGGCAGCUGUUUUAACCCCUUCCUGAAGUUUGACGAGUUCCUCACAGUCGGUAUUGACAUAGUGCCUGCGGUCGAGAGUGUAUACAAGUGUGACUUCCUCAACCUCCAGCUCCAGCAGCCUCUGCAACUGGCUGGCGACACAGUGGAAGCCUUCCUGAGACAGCUGCGUAGCCCCAUUGACUCCCUGCCCGCCCAGCUCUUCCACGUAGUGGUCUUCUCCCUGCUCCUCUCCUACUUCCCCUCGCCUUACCAGCGCUGGAUCUGCUGCAAGAAGGCCCACGAGCUACUGGAACUGCACGGCCUGCUGCUCAUCAUCACCCCAGACUCCUCCCACCAGAACCGCCACACCCUCAUGAUGCGCAGCUGGCGCGUGGCGGUGGAGUCGCUUGGCUUCAGGCGCUGCAAGUACAUCAAGUUCUCCCACAUGCACCUCAUCGCCUUCCGCAAGGUGUCCCUGGCCACCACCAGCGACCUGGUCAGCCGUAACUACCCCGAGAUGCUCUACAUUCCUCAGGACUUCCAAUCCCCUGAGGAGGAGGACUACACCGACGUGCCAGUUCAGGUGCGCUCCGACUUCGAGGACGACCAGCUGGCGUGGGGCUUCAUGGAGCUGCCCGACACGCCAUAUGACUCGGAUAGCGGAGAGAGCCAGAGCAGCUCUGUGCCCUUCCUACACGAGCUGGAGGACCCCAUUCUACUGCAGAGCUGAGCUAGACCAGCUAAAACCCUACUAGCUACUCUCUUCUCUUUUACCAGUUCCAAUUCGAUCCCUACCACUCCUCUUGGCCAUAACCCUUCAAUGUUUGCAGAUCUGUAAUGUGGAAGCAAUAUGGGUGACGCUUUAACGCCACACUACUUAUACCUAUCCAGAGCCUUCAGACAUGCAACAUCGAGUGGUUAGGCCCAAGGGGGAGGGAUACAGUCUGUCUGUACACAACUGCUGCGCUACCAAAUGAACCUGCUGCAUUCUUCUCACACUCCUACUCUUCCUUAACAAUGCAGUUUGCACAGAGUGAAAGAAAAAGACGUUUACAGAAGUCAGUUUAUUUUUUUCAAUAUCUUCGAUGGUUAGUCACUCAACACAAUACACACGUCAGUAAAUAAGGUAGUUUUUUAAAAUAAAAACUUGGUCGUUGAAUACCCUCAGGAUAGACUGAGAGUAAGUCUGCCCCUUGUUUUUUUUUUAUCCAUCUUUGAUCUCACUCUACUAACAGAAGAAAAGCAAUCUUUACUCCUUCAAAGGCUUUUUCUUAGUAGUUAAACAGUGAAUGUGCUUCAGUGCCAGCAAGCCGCUGACUUUAAAUCCCUCUUAAAUGGAUUGAUACCACAGAGGUUUGUCAAGUUUGGUUGGAGUGGAGCGAUUGAGAUGUUAGUCAGGUGAGGCUAGACUUUCUCUAAUUCUUGGUAUGCAUUUACAUUUUCUAAAAAAAAUAAGAAGAAAAAUACAUUGUACUCUCAGCCAAAAUGUUUUGAUUUGUUCCCAUUUGAACACUGGUCUUGUCCAACACGAUGUGUGAAAAUGGCGUUUUAAUUCAGCAUUUUGUUUGGCUGAUUUCAUGGCUCUUUUUACAAUAGAUUUGUAGCAUUUUCAGAACUUUAAGAUAGGUGUACGUAAUUACUUUUACUAAUGUGAAACUGUUAACUGUGUUUUUCUCAUUGUGUAACAUGGUACGAGUUGUGAACUAGUCAUUGCUCUCUUUUCUGUGCUGGUGUGAAGAAACUGGUUUUAAUCAAUGUUAAUUUACCUUCAAUGUUGUAACCCAGAACAUUUAGCAUUUUGUCAUUACAUCCUUGUUUGUAAUCACUUUAUUUUCUGUAACAAUACUUAGGCUACAUUAUCAGAUCAAUAAUAUGUCUGGAUUUAUGUAUUUGCUUCUUUAUAGGUAGCUGGUAGCUUCUCUAUGGGUACUGGUAACAUAUUCCAAAAAAGAAGACUGCCUAUACUCUGUCGACGUGUCCUUGAGCAAGGCACUUAACCCUAAUUUACUCCAGGGGCACCGUACUAUUAUGGCUGACCCUUUUAAAACAACACAUUUCACUGCACCUAUCCGGUGUAUGUAGCGAUAAAACCUCUUAUGUUCACUGAUGUGAAACAGGUCAACCAAGAGACUAAAGCUCUAGCUGUCAGUUGCUGUUCAUCUCUCUUCCUUUACUCUACAUCGUAUCUGAGGACAGCAACAUUUGCCUUAAGCAUUUUUACAUUUUUGUCAUUUAGCAGACGCUCUUUUCCAGAGCGACUUACAGUAGUAGUAAGUUCAUACAUUUUAAUACUUUUUUUCAUACUGGUCCCCCAUGGGAAUCAAACCCAUAACCCUGGCGCUACAAGUGCCACUCUCUACCAACAGCUACAUGGGACUAGCAUUCGUCAUUUCCGAAUUAAAAAUAUUAAUUGUUUUUUUCAUGGGUUGCUAGUAUAGGUGUAUCAACAAAUAACGAGUCAUUCAUUGCAUCAGGAAGUACAUUUUGACUAUCACUUUACACAUGAAAGUACUAAAUGUGUACUCUGCUUAAGUUUUAACUCCAAACAAUUUAAAAUGAUCUUGUUAUGAGCGCUCAAACAAUUCCAAAUGAUUCACCUCAAUGAGGUUUUGCACUAAUACCCUGCUGUCUCAUCAUUAGUCAUGCAACUUCUGAUCCCAUCAAAGUGCAUUUUAGCAAUAGCCAGGUGUUUCCUGAAAGUACUGUAUCUUAUGGGGAAUGGUAUUUAUGUUCCCCUUUUUAGUGUGGAUGUGUGUUUGUUGUAAUGUACUUGUCUGUGGCACUUUACGUCAUAAAUAGUAGAUGAAUCUCUCAGCUGCCAUGAGUCAUGUGAUUCCUGUCAUGGGGGAUUUAGGAUUAGGUCUCCCAAAUGGCAUCCUAUUCUUUAUGGGGAAUAGGGUGCCAUUUGGGAUGCUACACAAACAACCAUAGUCUUAUUAGUAUAAACUGUAUGAUGUACAUCAGGAUACCUGUAAUCCUAAAGGUGCCUUCUUUCUUAUCCCCAGUAAUGUUUUUGCAAUCCUGAUUCUCAUGCCAUACUGUGUUGGAAAACUCACACUUCACUUGUCAGCAUACAACGGGCUUCUUUUGCCAAAUGUUUGUCAUGUGCAACUGCCCAAAUGAGCUACCUACUACCAUCUACCACUGCAAAGUAUCAUUGGCUCAAUGUUUUACCCUAAGAACAAUAUAUUUUGUUUAAAUUUGUCAUCUUUCAUUAAUUACUUGCUCUAAAUCUGUUAACUUUCUGGUCAGUUCAUGUUUGGUGUAUUUUCAACUAUUUCUCUUUAACAGAAAAUACAAAAUACAUUUCUCAUUAUAGUUCAUUUUCUUGAGCGUUGUCAAUUGUACCAGUUAGCAUUUAGGGAUACAUCUCAUCUGUCUUCCAAGAGUUUAAGUCCAUUACUUGCAUGAAUAGCUUCAUUUUCAGUAUUAAGGAAUUCGACAGUGUGCAUUUUUUUUUCUUCUCUCUUUUAUAAAUGAAUGGAAAUGCA